UAGAAAAUGAUGGUGAUCUUGAAGGUGGAUAGUCUUCAAAAUCCUGUAUGUUGAGGAUGGAUUCUCCUAAAUGAAAUAAGCAAGGCCUCGAUCCUGAUAGUGGAUGGAGCGAGGGGAAGAGCUGCAGGUCCCAGAUCUCAGCAAAGGCGAGGAUGACAAGAGCUGUCCAAGCCCCCAAAUAGGUGAGGGGCUGGCGAGCGUGGCCAGGGCAGAGGAUGCGGCACCGGGAAGGGGCGGCACCAGCACUGAUGUGGAGGGAGCGUGGCACAAAGACCCUGCUGCGGGGGCAGAGGAAGCGGCGCCCGGAGGCGGUGCAAGGGUGGAGGAGGCAGUGCCGGGAGGUAGCACUGAUGCAGAGCUGGCGCGGCACAGAGACCCCACCAUCAGGUGGCCCUUUAAAUGCGGCGACUGUGGGAAGAGCUUCCGGCAGAGUGCCAUGCUGACCAGGCACCAGCUACGGCAUGCGAGCGAGAGGCCGUACGUCUGCACCACCUGCAGCAAAGGCUUUUGCGACGGCGCGGCACUGGCUGCGCACCAACGGGCGCACACGGGCGAGCGUCCCUUCCCCUGUCUGGCGUGCGGCAAGGCCUUUGCCAGCAGCUCGGCGCUGCUGGUGCAUCAGCGCGUGCACGCUGGCGAGCGUCCCUAUCGCUGCGGGGAGUGCGGGCAGAGUUUCCGGCAGAGUGCCCACCUGACGCAGCACCAGCAGGGUGCCCACGCCGGCCCGCGCCCCCAUGCCUGCACUUACUGCGGCAAGAGCUUCGGGCUGCGCUGCACGUUGGCGCGGCACUUGCGGACACACCGUGUCAACAGCCCCACGCCUGCCCCGACUGCCCCCGCCGCUUCCGCCACUGUGCCCACCUGCUCCGGCACCGGCUGCUGGUGCACACGAGCGAGCGCCCCCAUCGCUGUGAGGAGUGCGGGCGCAGCUACACGCAGAGCUCCUACCUGCGCCAGCACCAGCGCAGUGCCCAUGCUGGCCAGCGCCCCCACACCUGUCCCUGACUGUGGCCAGGCCUUCGCCGACCGGGCCAACCUCCUGCGGCACCAGCGAGGCCACACGGACGCCCGGCCCCACACCUGUGCUGAGUGCGGGAAGCGCUUUGCCCAGCUGGCCAGCCUGGUGGAGCACCGCCGGCGGCACACGGGCGAGAAACCUCACGAGUGCCCCCGCUGCGGGCGCUGCUUCCGCCACCACUCGGCCCUGCUUCGCCACCAGCGCUCCCAUGCCGGGGAGCGCCCCUUCUGCUGUGGGCAGUGCGGGCGUGGCUACACCCGCAGCUCCAACCUCCUGCUGCACCAGCGGGUGCAUGCUGCUGAGUGACAUCCCCUCCGCCAGGACAUCACCGGCAGCCGGUGCCUCCCACACCACUCGUGCUGGGAUGGGCCUGGCCUGGCCCUGACCAGAGCGUGCACUCUUGCAUGGCCACUCCCCGCCCACUGCCCAGGAAUGGGGGUGGCUGGACCCAUCCAGGCACUGAGUGUGAGUGAAACUGCUGCCAGCACUCACGGUUUCUCCAGCCCCACGUAGCAACAUGGGGACAGAGCUUCCUGCAGGGUGGGGGCUUUGGGGAUGGAGGCUGUGCCCAGGCAGUGCCUGACCCCCUUUUUUUCUCCUCUUCGGCUGGCUGGUGCUGCCCGAUCUGCUGCCCCAACUCACUGGGCCCUGCCGUGUGGCCCAGCCAAGCCAAAACCCGCCCUGCAGCUGCCCAGCUGUGCCAGGGCGGGGGCACAGAAGCAGAGGGAUGCCAGCACUCAAUGCAGGCUUGUGGGAAAUGGGGGAGGGGCUGGCUGGAGGGAUGGAGAGGCUGCGGGUUGGGGGGAGCAGCUUCGAAUGAAUUUUCUAAAAUGUUUUGUUACAAAGUGAAAAUAAACCCGUGACGUUCUCAAGGCGCUGUGGGGUGUCUGCAGUGGGCAGGCACCGAGCCCCGUGUCCUGAGGGGAAUGCAAGCUCGGCACAGGCACCUGGGGUUGCUAUGGCUUCAUCCUGACUUCACUUUGGAGAAAUGUCUCUUUGGGGGUUUUGUUGCCGCCACAAUGUGUGUGACCGUGGGCAGUGCCACCUCCCUGCUCUGUGCCAGUUGCUCCGAGAGGAGCUAGCUACCUCCCUCCUCUGAGCAGGGACCGAUCCUUUGCAAGGCCUGUAACUGUUUCACGGCCAGGGCUGGCUCCAGGCACCAGCUGACCAAGCACGUACUUGGGGCGGCACCUUGCGGUGGGGUGGCGCUCGAGUUUUGGGUUUGGCUUGGCGGGGCAGCGCUGGAGGGGUUUU